GUGAGAUUGGAAGCUUAAACAAUGGAGAGUUCACUCUACGAUUUCAUAAUCCUAGGCGCCUCUGGUUUCACCGGCAAGCACGUCGUCCGACAAGCUCUCCAAUUCCUCAACCCUUCUCCUUCUUCCCCUCUCAAAUCCUUCGCUCUCGCCGGUCGUAAUCCGACAAAACUGUCGGAAACCCUCAAAUGGGCAGCCAAUCUCCACUCCCCGCCGCCCAUUCCGCUUCUAAUCGCCGACAUCACCGACCCACAAUCCAUCCACCGCCUCUGCACCCAAACCAAGCUCAUCCUCAACUGCGUCGGACCCUUCCGCCGCUACGGCGAGCCUGUGGUGGCGGCGUGUGUGGAGACAGGGUGCGAUUAUUUGGACAUCUGUGGGGAGCCGGAGUUCAUGGAGAAAAUGGAGGCUAAUUAUCAUGAGAGGUCGGUGGAGAAUGGUUCGUUGGUGAUUUCGGCUUGUGGGUUCGAUUCUGUUCCGGCUGAAUUUGGGUUUAUGUUCAAUUCCAAGCAGUGGGUUGGGGAAUCGGCGCCGAACCGGAUCGAGGCGUAUUUGAGCUUGGAAUCCAAGAACAAAAUUGUUGGGAACUUUGGGACAUUUGAGUCGGCUGUUUUGGGUGUUGCUAAUGCCGACCAAUUAGUGCAAUUGCGGCGUUCGAGGGCUAGAAGACCUCGGCCAAAGAUUCCGGGCCCUUGUCCUCCAAAAGGACAAUUUGUGGAACACAACGAAGAGACAGGCCUUUGGGCUGUAAGAUUACCUUCAGCUGAUUCCCCUGUUGUUCGUAGAACACUCUCUUCUCUAGCUGAAACCCCUCAUGGUCUUCCUGGUGUUAAUGAGCGUGUCGAAGAGAUCGAACAGAGGACGACGUUUUGGUCGUCGGUGAAGCCAGCUCGUUUCGGCGUAAAAAUUGGGUCGAAGUCAUUGAUUGACAUUCUCCAAAUCAUUGCAGUUGGUAUGAUCAUGGGGAAGUUGGCUAAAAGCUCGUUCGGGAGGUGGCUUCUCUUGACAUUCCCUUCGGUUUUUAGUCUCGGCUAUUUCGAGAAGAAGGGUCCUUCAAAAGACGAGGUCGAUAGCGCAUCAUUCAAGAUGUGGUUUGUUGGUUAUGGUUAUAGGAACAAGAAUGGUGAAGGGAGUAGAGAAGUAGAUAUGAAAAUUGUAACGAGAGUGAUGGGACCUGAGGUUGGAUAUGUUGCUACCCCGAUAAUCCUGGUUCAAUGUGCUUUGAUUGUUCUAAGCAAACGUGAGGUUCUUCCGAAAGGAGGAGUUCUUACUCCUGGUAUUGUGUUUGGACCAACUGAUCUGCAGAAAAGACUCGAAGAGAAUGAGAUAUAUUUUGAUGUGAUUUCGAAGAAUGUUAAGUUGUAGAGUUUGAGCGUUUGUUUCUUUUUUAUCUAAUAAAAGUGAUGUAUUAGUUGGGAAACAUAAGUCAAUAACAAUAGUCCCGACAUUUGAAGAUAUGAUGGCUAAAAAAGCCUCAGAGAAUUAAAAAUUACUAGAUAUACUAAUAAGAUAUAUCUUCUUUUUCGAUGUC